CACGCCCCCUCCCGCAGCACGCUUCCGGCAAGCGCUCCGCCUACCUCGUGGCCACGCCCCAGCCUCGUGUGCUCCCCGGCAGGUCCCGCCCACCACGCACGCAGGUGCCGGGGUAGUGGGCGUUCUAAGCGAGCGACCGUUGAUCCAGGGGUAGGCGCGCGGUAACCCGGACCCCGUGCCAGAAAGACGACCCGACCCGGGGGGUUGCCGCGGGCCGCAGCGCGGGGUCUAUAAAGGCGCACGGCUGCGUCGACAGCGCUCGGGACAUGGAACCUCCGGCCGGGAGCCCCCUAGAAGACACCGCUUCCCAAAGCCUGGGAGACGAUGAGUUCCGAGAAUGGCAGGACGCUAAGCCUACCGUGAUCUCAGUAACUGGAGGAGACGUCGGGAAGGAUCUACUGUCCGAACCUGAGCGGGGAGCAGCAGCAGAAGGGGAAGAAAGCCACGGCGGCGCGGGAGCUCCCGGCCCCGUAGACGAGAUCCAGAAGGGCGGCGGCGGCGGUGGAGAGGAGCCCCCGCAGCAGCAGCAGGCGGCCCACGCGGCCACCGAGGAUCCGCAGCCCCAGGACAGGCAGCCACGCCUCCGCCACCUGUUCACGCGGUUGGAACUGAAGGAGCUGGAGAGCGUUUUCCAACGCACCCAGUACCCCGACGUGUUCGCGCGAAAGGAGAUUACCAUAUGUAUGGAUGUGACUCAAACCGAGGCACAGCAAUAGAACACAGGCGAGGGAGGUACAGAGAGAGGGAGACAGAGGAUCCGAAGCAGGCUCUUCACUGACAGCAGAGAACCCGACGCGGGGCUCAAACUCACAAACCAUGAGAUCUGAACUGAACUGACGUCGGACGCUUAACCGAUUGAACCACCCAGGCGCCCCAAGAACAAUUUUUAAUACAGUUUCACUGAGCUAAGAAGGGUGAAAAGCUUAGAGAAGAAUUGCACACAAACAUAUACCUUGAAGAUACGGCACAGAUUGAGCUCUAUGAGUGAAUAUUCUCGAGGACUUUCUAACAUCUAAGGAUUUUUUUUUUUUUUUUUUUUGGUGGUGCUAUUUUGAAGAGAUGGGUUUUAUGGAAUUUGGUGCUGGGUGGGGGGAGGGUUUCAGUUUAUGCCAGAUUCUUACCUGUGUUAAUUUGAAAUAUUCUUUCAUUUGUUCGGGCAGUGAUGUCUAAUUCGUGUGUCAAAAGAUGACCAUUUGAGAUGGUACCAGGUCAUGUUGUAUUAAGAGAUUAUUUGUGAAAAACAAAAUCCGGGAUGAGUUUGUUAUUUUUGUUCCAUGGUAUGUAUGUGAGUGCAGUCAUGCAGAUGGGGUGUAGAUCUGGUGGUAUGGAGUUUUAGUGAAUUUGGACCCAGUUUGUCUAAAUGUUCCUUAAUUCUAUAGACGAAAAUAUCAUGGCAGUAUUCAGGGUGUCAGCAGCUCUCACAUCCCAGUAGGAAGCCACAGUCCCCCUGGGCCCUCCAAACCAGGCCUUCCUCGUCAGAUCAUCCUUUUAACUCUCAAGAGGUUUCAGAGGAUGAAUAACCCAUUAGGUAUCUUUGAGGGAAACCUGUUUAAAAGUCCAACCUGCUGGGGCCCCUGUUGAGAGAGAGGAACAUUCAGGAACGCACCUCUGCAUGCCCACUGCCACCCUCACCAGAUGAUUUUGAAAACAAUAUUUUUAUUUUUAUUAUUUUGAGAGAGAGUGAGUGCGCGUGAGCGAGGGAAGGGCAGAGAGAGAGGGAGACAGGGAGAGAGAGGGAGGGAGAGAGAAUCCCAAGCAGGCUCCGAGCCCGGCGCAGAGCCAGACAUGGGGCUCGAUCUCACUUCCAUGAGAUCACGACCUGAGCCCAAACUGAGAGUCGGGUGCUUAACCGACUGAGCCACCCAGGUGCCCCAAAACAAAAUUUUUAGUCAAACACGUGGCUUUGCCAUGCUGAGACUGAAAGCCAGACGGCACUCAGCCCAAAUCCUGCAGUUAACAUUCAUAUCUAGUCUGACACACUAACAACAUUUCUUUUUUUCAUGCUCAGACUGCCUGCGAGAAUAACAAGUCCCUUUUCUGUUCUCUGUAGAUGUUAGUUUGGGCUGAAAAGUUAUAAACGCAAUCUCGGGGAGGGGAGUAUACAGUAGUUUCAGCAUUUUACAGGAAUUAAAAAUUCUGGAUCUUUCUAAAGUUUCUAAAGCUUUUUCACAUCAAUGUGAAUUUUCCUAGGUAAGUGUGAAAAGUAAGUUUUUAAACAAAGAGUCACUGCAGUUACAUACAAAGUA